UGGAGGCGGGAGCCAGGCUCGGGCGGAAAGCGCCCCUUUCCGCGGGGAAUCGUCUGGAGAGCGGCGCAGCAGAAGUUUAUUUCAAAAAGGCCCUGCCCGGCCCCAGGGAAGGGGUUUACCGGCCUGACCAAGACCCCAGUUGAAGCCGCUCGUGAUUGUUUCGAGACUGUUGAUUACUUCGUGAAAAUUCUGCUGGUAUUCCCAGUGGAUCUUUUCCUGGACUGAAAAGAUCAGAUACAACAGUAUCUGUACAGCCAGCAACUUUCUGCUGUGUGUAACAAACGUGCAACAAUCCAAAUACAAUGUCUGCUCCGAGUGGUGUCCCUGUCCCAUCUGCACCACCUUCCUAUGCAGAAACAACAGGAAUCAAUGUGAGCUAUCCUCACCCCUAUCCUGUCCCAGCGCCUGGCCAGAAACCAGAUGGGAAGGGAAUGAACCCCCCCCCAUACAUGGGGCAGCCUGUACCAGCAAAUAACCCCGUUACAGUUCAGACAGUGUAUGUGCAGCAACCGGUAGUAUUUUAUGACCGCCCAGUUCAGAUGUGCUGCCCUUCCUGUAACCAGAUGAUAGUGACACGUCUCUCGUAUGACUCAGGAGCUUUGACUUGGCUGUCAUGUGGUGGCCUCUGCCUGCUGGGGUGUAUAGCUGGCUGCUUAAUUCCCUUCUGCAUUGAUGCCCUAAAGGAUGUGGAUCACACCUGUCCGAACUGCAACGCUCUUGUUGGUUCUUACAAACGUUUAUAGGCAGUGUUUAAACAUUGAUAAUUGAUUGAUGAAGUUGGUUAGCGCCUCUACAAGCCCUUUCUGAAGCUUCAUGGAGACUUCUGGUUGUUUCUGUGCAUCACUGGAAACCAAUCACAAGUAAUGUUUAUUGCUAGACUGUUUGAAUAAGAAUUCGCUUGAGGGCAUUCUGACUUAGGUCUGUAAAAAGUAUAUGUAAUGUUUAUGGGCCACUCAGUCCAGAACCAGUUAAUGGUUUCUUUUUCUGCUUUAUGGAAAACAGGUUGGCGAUGUUCUUCAGUUAGUCUUGUCUUGAUCAUGUUGCAUGCUUGUGUGCAUGCUUACGGUCCCAGCACAGACCAAGAGGAGAACGUCUGUGGAGACCUAUAUGGUCUCAUAGUUGGUGUUGAUGCUUUUGCAACAGCACUGUUUACAAAAUGGCAGGGAGUUGCUUGCUUCUGAGACAGGUGCCCUUCCUUGACAAAAGAAGUGAUUUUCUCAUGAGCACUAAAAUUCACUUUAAAACUUUCUUAGUUGAAAGAGAACCAAACCUAAAGGCUUCUUCCUUCUUGGAGGCUGCUUUACCAAAUGGACAACUUGGGUUAUUGUGCAUCAAUGGUGAUUCAAUCUAGUACCUGAAUUUCCUUGCCAGUUUUAAGUCUAGUCAUAUCUCUACUCUGCAGUAAAGAUGUUCAUACAGGAAUUUUUAAUAGAUAUUUUUUCAGUGUUUUUUGUUUGGUUCGUUUUUUUUUUUUUUUACUGCUGAUCUGUGAAAUGUUCUCUUCUCUCCACCCCAGUGAAAAUGUCCGUAGGGCCUUGGUUAUAGCAUUGGAAAACUUCCUUUUACGUUUACUUAAGUCAACUGGUGCAUCAUAAACAGACCUCAGCCUUAUCUCAAGGCUUGAAUUCCACCUGCAAAACACAGAUACAGGACCUGUGCUUUUAAUUGUUGAUCUGUUUGUUAAUUACUGUUUCUCCAUUAAGAAGGUAACAUGUUUGUUAAGGAGUUUCUCUGAUUAUUAUUUAGACUUGUACUCUGAUUCUUCUAAAUGAAGGAGAUGUUUUGUUUUCAGAAACUUAAGCUGGAUAUGCUUACUUAAGAUGACGAUCACAAAAAAUUAGGGAAUGAGGCAUUGAAGGUUGAAGUAUUUUACCAUGUCAUAAGCAGCCAAAUAACAUCUUGAUGUGUUUGAAUGGUACCUGUCUAGAGAAGGCAGACAGGUGUUUGAACAAGGCUACGAUGCUAAUGCUGUAUUAAUCUCUGUAAAAGUAAAAAGCUAAAAUAAAUACAAAUAAAAAAUACUGCAUUUACUGUUCUUGCCAAAUGUGCCUUCUAUAAAUAUUUGGUGUAAGUUAACUUUUCAAAAGUCUUUCAACAGUUAACAUUUGAAAUCCAGGAGUUUAGUGGAUCACAAAAACAGCUUCUAGGCCUUGUGUUAAUUCGUUUUGUAAACUGUUGCUGCUUGUGUGUCAGUCUGCAAGUGGCUUAAGAGCUUCCUUUUGCAUUUGGAAAAGGUUUCUGAUCAUGUCUCCCUGUAACAUAAGAAUUUACAUCAGCAGCUACUAACUGGCAAGAGGUAAAAAGCUGGUAGUUUUGUACCUUUCCACUUUGAUGAUGCAAUACUACCUUGUGUUUUUUGUCUGCUGCUGCACUACCAUAGUGCUUUCAAUGUUCUUUAAGGGCUUGGGUGAUACUCCAUUGAAUUUUGUGUUCUGAUGACACAGGCACUGAUUCCAACUUACACAAGUUACAUGUGUUAAUGUAAAGCAGUAUUUCCUCCCCGCUGGAUUUCACAGGAAAUUUACUUCUUGUCAGCUUAUCAUCAGAGCAAGACAGGAAGAAGCAAUGAAACAUGCAGUGUUUCCAAACUUGAUGUUUGCUUGCAUGGUCAGGAGGAUUUUUAGUUCUUUUAGUACCCGUGUCAGUCUGGUCUGGAUAAUCCUGACAGAUAUUCAUUUGGUGAGUAAGUCUUCAAAUUUUUACUCCCUUAGCUCCCCUUUUUCUACAAAGUGAUAGUUGGAAAAUCUGAGGUGAUGGCACCAGAGUGCCGAACAACACUGACCAAAAAAAUUAUUAUGUGGAGUUUUCUUUGUUUUGUUUU